UACGUUAGUGAGUUCUGUUCUGGUCGUCACGGUUGCUUGGAGCUGACCAGGUCAGCCCAGUUGCGAUUCACAAUGUUUCCUAUAUUUCGCGCAACAAUAUCACCAGCAUUCGAUGAAAAUACAUCAGAAGUUGAACCUCCAUUCGAAGACUAUCCUGUAGAUCGGUCAUGUCGCCUCCUGGGCCCCACGGCUUUGAUAGUGCAAGCGCUCAUGGGCGUUUUAGUUAUCCUUUCUUUGGUUUACAAAAGACAUAGAGAAACUUCAAAGCGACCGUGGCGAAUAUGGCUUUUUGAUGUAUCGAAACAGAUUGUCGGACAGAUGUUUGUUCAUGGCGUCAAUGUCUUCAUCUCUGAUAUUGGCUCACACCACUCCUCUGGAAAUGCUUGUGUAUACUAUUUUCUCAAUAUUCUAAUAGAUACUACUUUUGGCGUUGCAUUGCUCUAUUUCAUUUUACACCUCCUGAACUACCUGUUGACGGCGACUCUUCAUCUCAAGGGCUUUGAGUCAGGUAAAUACGGUUCUCCACCUUCCAUGGCAUUCUGGGCACGCCAAGCCGCUGUAUACGUUUUGGCGUUAACCACUAUGAAGCUGUCCGUUGUUGCAUUAUUCGCAGCCUGGCCCGGUAUCGCCGAGGUUGGCGAUUGGCUUUUGAGUUGGACCAAUGUCGGUGAUGGUGAAGCAUUCCAGGUCAUUUUCACGAUGGGCCUUUUUCCAAUAUUCAUGAAUAUACUUCAGUUCUGGCUUAUAGAUUCUAUCGUGAAAGCAUCGUCCAGUUCCGUUAUCUUGCCUACGGAUACACCUCGUAACUCCCACGACAAUCGAGAUCGAGAACCUCUCUUUGGUGCGUCUUCUGAUGAAGACGACGACGACGACGCUUCUGGCCAUUUACACCACGAUGUAGAGAGUGCCGUUCGACCUUCAUAUUCUCGUUCCCCAUCGGAUGGAGAUAAAUCGACGAUCAUAGGGUCAGAAGAGAAUAAGUCAAUUCCCAGUGGUUCAGCUACUCCCAUCGAGAUCAAAAACAAUGUAAAUGUGCUCUCGAAACACGAGUACCCGCCCAGCAGUGCAGGGAGCUCACUUUCAUCAAGACGGACUGGAGCCUCCUCGAAAUCACGCCACAAAUAUAAACGAUCUCCUCCUCCUCCCUUACAAAUUCGUCUACCUCAUCAACCUGCAAUCAACUCACCGGAUCCUUCAGCUCUGCGUCUUUCUAGUCACUCGGUACAGCCUCACUCGACUGUUGCACCUGCACCCAUUGAAGACGCUGCUACAGUCGAAGAUACACCAGAACAGGAGGAUUCUUCAUGGGAAACGGAUGACUGGGCUACUAGGGUGGGUGAAGAAGAAUGGACUGGUAGACGACUUGAGGAGAAGAAGGAUCUGUUGAAUGAGGCUUGGAAUACCCCAUCUGUCCAACGUGUGGGCUCAUGACCUGGACAGAUUCUUUGCGCCACGGACAGCGUGAUAUACUCCAUGAUCUUGCUUGUAUAUUAAAAUUAGUAAUUGCAUAUCUGGACUUUUUGCUAUGUCGAAUGCAUUCGUGUUCUCCU